CGUCAGUUGACGGCCGUGGGCUCAGCUCACUUUAGUUGGAUUGUCCCGUUUCAAUGUUUACAGCAACGCGACCGCAAUACUGGAUAACCCGUCUCUUCCCCAAGUGACUUUGAAUACAUGAUUGCGCUGCGGAUUCCGGAAGACUGUUUGUUCAUCUGGCAAGGAACAGACCCGAGGCAAGCAAGGCUGCGGUUGUUGGUGCUGACGAAAGAGCAAGAAGGGACAAGAUGGUGUUCAAUACUGCCACCGUCGCUGGCGCAGUGACUCCUACUGUGAUGCAGACUCUUCUGGCACAUUGUUUCGAUCGCAAAGCUCGCUCGCACAAGCCCACGGCACAUAUCACCUAUGACGAAGGUCUCCGUCUGAUCAAGAGAUUCCUCGUCUACGCUUCGCACCACUCUGUUGAAGACCUCCAACGCUUCACUUCACAAUGGGUCCCUCAUCCAGCGUGGGUCCUUGUGGAGGAUGUCAAGAUAUCCCAGAAAUAUCUCACGAGAGCCGCAGAAGUGAUCCAGAUGCAAUUGGGAGCUCAAGGAAUUAAGUUAGUUGGAGGGAAGACGUGGUGGCAGUGGCGGCGACCAGGCAACGAGAUGGAGGCCGAAUGGAUUGAAAUGCGAACUCACUUUCAGAGGAGAAUAAGAAACAAUAGGCCGGUCAACAGGGUUAUGCUCUAUAUACAUGGCGGAGCGUAUUACUUUGGGAGUGUGGACGAGCAUCGGUAUCAGAUGCAAAGACAUGCGAGAAAGUUGAAGGCUAGGGUUUUUGCUCCACGGUACCGCUUGGCGCCUCAAUUCCCCUUCCCAUGCGGUAUACAGGACUGUUUGGCUGCAUACCUAUACCUCCUUACUAUCCAGCACCCGACAACCAUCGUUUUCGCAGGGGAUUCAGCUGGUGGAGGCAUGAUCUUGAGCUUGCUCGUCACUCUGCGUGACCAAGGCCUCCCCUUACCAGCGGGAGCUAUUCUGAUAUCUCCGUGGGUCGACCUAACGCAUUCUUUUCCAAGUGUUGGUGAAGAUAACCCAUUUGAUUAUAUUCCACCUUAUGGCUUCCAUCAUCGGCCAUCACCUUCCUGGCCUCCUCCAACCGCAGAUGAUAUUCGUGCUAUGGAGGCGGUUAUGGGGAAAGACUCAGCUUCCAAGGAGUACCCCAAACUUCCAGGGGAAAAUGAAGCAGAUGCUAUUCAAGGUUUUCAUGUGGAUCACCACCCAGCUCCGGGCACGCGAAAUGCCACAGCUGGUAACGGCAUUAUUACUAAUGGUAGCACUUCGCCUGCCGCAAAUACUAUUCCUUUGCCUGGUCGUGAGUUGUCGAUCAUGAUCGAUGGGGAGUUGAUAGAGAUCAAGGACCAGAUUCAGAUGUAUGCCCCGAACGAGCUUAUCUCCCAUCCUUUGGUAUCCCCUAUAUUACAGCCGUCCCUUGGGGGUCUACCACCGCUGCUUAUCUUGACCGGUGGCGGUGAGAUGCUCAGAGAUGAGCAGAUUUACCUGGCUCAUAAGGCAGCAAACCCGGCAAAGUAUCCUCCAGGAGACGCGUUCUUGGAUGAUACUACUCAUGAUCGUAACAGAAAUCUGAUCAACGAAUGGAGGCCUACGGAUGUGCAAUUACAAGUUUGGGACGACCUAUGUCAUGUGGCAACGACUCUAAGCUUUACACGGCCUGCAAAAUACAUGUAUCGAUCAGUAGCCCAGUUCGGGGCUUGGGCGCUGGCUAGAGCUCAGAGGUCCCAAAUAGAGAUCAUCGAUGACGAUGAAGUUUCUGUGAUCUCGAGAUCGGAAUCUGAUGCAGAGGUUCCGGCAGGACAGGAGAAAGGGCAUGAAGCUGCGGCUUCUGGCCGGAUGCGCAAAGCCUGGGAUCCACUUCCACGCUUCAGGCAUCAUCUUAUCCGUCAACGUGUUGAUCGCCAUGGGAAUACAUACCCACUUGAGCCCGAAUCAGAGUUGCCUGGCUGCAAUCUCCCCACCAGCGAGAUUGGCGUAAUCAAGGAAGCGCCAGUCAGAAAGUGGAUAGCUGCAAAGAGAAAAUGGGAUACCAAAUAUGCUUCUGCGAAACGAAGAAUACAAAAAAAGAGGGCAAUGGAAUUUGCCAAAGGGUUCCAGCAAUAUGAUGGCGAAGUCCCCCCACCGUCUGCCUUGGCCAGUAGAAGAAAGCUGGGUGAGGAUCUCAAGGAGCGGAAAAAGACACUAAGCAAGGGGCUGGUUUUUUGGUCUCUGUGGGGCAGCAAGCACGAUGAAAGGUCUAUAGAGAACGAACUGGAGAUCGACAAAGAACCGGACAUCGUCAUCGUAACCUCUGCAGAAAGUGCUCAUCCAAGGCCACUAUAUGACUUGACGAGGAGGGGCCAUAGUCGCAGCAGGUCUCGACGUCGGAUAGUCACCGACGAGAACCAGACUGGAGCCGAUGACAUUGACGAGGAUACUCCGGCCGCCGAAUUGCAAAAAAGAUCUGCUGCGAAGAGGGCAGAUGUUGAGGGCUCUAAAAAUCUAGAUUUCGGCUCUGGAGAUCCAGACUUCCCCCCCUCUGUGCCAUCCCCUGUGCCAUCAGUCUUUGUUCCGAAACCCGGGGUAAAUGAAAGUGAGCUGAAACGGCCCAAGGCAAAUGGAAUUGCCUAUCCAUUUACUCUGAACAAAGAGAGUGCGAACGCUAGCAUGACGACUCUCACAAGCGUUGCAGGCGUACCUCCCGUCAAGGAUAUAAGAACCGAGGGGGUUCAAGACCAUGGCGUUGAGGCCGAGGCUGCUGAUAUCGACGCUGAGAUUGCUGCUAAGAAAAAUAUCGAAGCAGCCAAAGCGACAGGAGAGACUGAGCAGAAACGACCAAAGACAGAUGGAGUUGCCUACCCAUUUACUUUAAAAAACAAAGAGGGCACGAGUGCUAGUAUGACGACUCUCACGGGUGCUGCAGGCAUACGCCCCAUGAAAGAUUUGGGAUAUGAGGGAGCCAAAGAAAGUGGUGUUGAGACCAACGCCGCUGACACCAACACCGCGACUGCUACUAUGGAUAAUAGUGAAGCAGGCAAAAAUAUCGAGAGAGAAUGAAAAGCCUUCAAAUCUAACAACCGGUAUAAUGGAAAGAGGAGGCGCACUUGAGGGUCUUAAUGGAAAAAACAGGCUGUAGGGAAUGGUAGGGAUAAGAGCGCUGAGCGGCCCCCUUUAAAAACGUCUGUCCCGUCUGCGGAGCUUUUGCAGACACUUACUAUUUUGUAAUAUAAGGCGGCAUCUGGAUAUUGUACUUGUAUAUACGGAUGGAAGGUGUACUUGUCUCAUUUGUUGGUUGAUCUUGCCCUUCGUUCUCACAGGGCCUAUUUGUAUAUAGGUAUACCAGACGCAUAGAAUUAAUUAGCUCAAGUGAAUGCGUCUUAUCUUGAC